GGAAUCACCUUCGAAGAGUUCAGGUCCUUCUUCCAGUUCCUCAACAACCUGGAGGAUUUUGCCAUCGCCAUGCAAAUGUACAACUUUGCAAACCGCUCCAUCGGUCAAGAUGAAUUCACUCGAGCCGUCUACGUGGCCACGGGCAUCAAGCUGACUCGUCACCUGGUCAACACCGUCUUCAGGAUCUUCGACGAGGAUCACGACGGCAAACUCAGCCACAAGGAGUUCAUCGGCGUCAUGAAGGACCGGCUGCACCGCGGCGAAGGGGGCAUGAGAGUGGAGGAGAAGUUCAUCUCCUUCAAGUCCUGCAUGAAGAAGGAGCUUUCAGGCAAAUAGGUGAACGCUCCGGCUCCGGUGCACGUCUCGCCGGCUUGGACGAGCUGCGUCUCCUCUGCGCUCUCCGUCGGGACGAAGGGUUCAUGCAUGCUGCAGCAUCUUUUUAACAUAAACAGGAAGUGGCACAAACAGGAUGUGGUCAAGCUAAUGGAAAUCUGUUACACAAGUGGUCGAACACACACAAAUGACCCAAAAUGAACCGAGAACAUCCACUUCAGUCAGUGUUACAGUCCUCUAAAUUGCACUUAUUAGUUUAUCUAAAUGCUUUUUAUUGCUGUUAUUUAUUUAUCUAUAAGCCUAUUGCUUGCUUCGUUGCUUGCAUGCUUCGUCCUUUUAUCGGUUCUGCAGCCUCCUGCACACGUCGACUCAGGACCUCCUCCUCCCCCUCCUCCUAUUUCCUCCCAAAGCGCUGCAGCUAAAAUCCUCCAGGAUCCUCCAGAGCCGGCAGGCCUGAACACACUCGCUCGGUCUCUGGCUUUUUCACUGUUUAACUACAGGCAGCUAACAGUGUUAAUCAUUUCUUGGCUCAGAGUGAAGAGAAGCGCCGCUACGCCACUGCAGGGAUGACCUCCAUAUGAAUAAAUAUGCAAAAUAUCGAAGCCAUAUGUCUGUUUGACUCUUGGGGCGCUCGGCUUAAAUUAUCAUUGGUUUUAGCAGGAGCAGAACUUUAAGAUGACCUUUAUCGAAUAGAAGAGCUUGUACUUUUGAAUAACAGUUGUUGUAAUGUUUGCUUUGGGUGCACUGAAUGCUUCAGGCGUGCUUUAAUAUUAACCAGGCUCAUGUGUUUCUAUUUCAGACUCUCUUCUGUUUAACUCUUGGAUUAGUUAGUCUACCUCGUUUCUUUUAAACCAGGCCUCGACUGUUACUGUCAGAGCGCAGAUGCAUUUCUAAUGACAUGGUGCAAUAAAUACAAGAACAAAUA